AUGUUGAAGCUCUCGAAAGACCAUCCAGACUACGACGUCACAUUGAGAUGGGUACCAGGCCACGAGGGAGUGCAUGGUAACGAGGAAGCGGACAAGGCCGCAAAGAAAGCUGCGGAAGGCCCAGCAAGUAACAGCCCCCCAGCUCUCCUACCACGAUACCUGAAGAACAGUACACUCCCCCUCAGUCUAUCGGCACUCAAACAAGACCACCGCAGGAAGAUGCAAAUGAGAUGGACCCAAAUAUGGGAGAAGUCCCCAAGAUUUGAAAGAAUGAACAGGCUUGAUCCCGCGCUACUCAACAGAUCAUUCGUAAAACUAACCUCAUCUCUCCCGAAACGAAUCACAGGACUUCUCAUAGGCCUCCGCACGGGGCAUAUAGCUCUCAACAAGCAUCUUCACCGUCUAAAUAAGUCCCCAUCGCAAUUUUGCCCCCAUUGCCCUAGAUCUACCGAAACCGUCCACCAUUUCAUCCUAGUCUGUCGCAAAUACAGAGUUGAACGCCAUACAUUAGCCGUCGCCAUCAGGAAAUCAUCGAGUGCCUUAUGCGCUUCUUAA